AUGCCCAAAUUCUCGCCGCGUGCCUGUGUCUUUGGUAUCUCAACUUCACUAUUGUUGUAUACUCUAGCAGUAGCUGUCAUAACCUUCAAGGGAUUGAACAUAACUACUUUACACCUUAGUCAGCCUCUCUUGAUUGGGUACUCGUUCGUAUACGCUAUAGCAUCGCUUUUGGGUUUAUGGGGAAUAAUUGGAUCAUCGCAGAAUAGAACAGAUCUAGUGUCCCGGUAUAUGAGAGAUCACUGGUUUGCAACCGUUAUGCUGACAAUAAUCGAUGCAAUUAAAGUUGUAUUUUCGUUUCUCCGCGCGGAUAAUACGAUAAAU